AUGGAUCGUGAUAAUCAUAUGGAGGGUGCUUCUAAUUCCCGACCUCCUUAUUUUGACAGUAGUGACUACCCUCUUUGGAAAACAAAAAUGAAAAAUUAUUUAAUAUCCCUUGGCAUUAAGGUUUGGAGAUCCGUUUUGUAUGGCUACGAAGAACCUACUAUUGAUGAUGCUACCACUAAGGAGAUUAGAGUGAAAAAGGAGGCCGAGUGGGGUUCCUGUGACAUUACGAAUUGUGAAACUAAUGCCCGUGCUUUAGGAGCCAUCUUUGGUGCUAUGUCUAGAAAUGAAGUCAUACAUAUAUCCUCUUGUGUUACGGCCAAAGAGGCUUGGGACAUUCUUCGUACAUCUCAUGAGGGAAUAGAGACCGUUAGGGUGUCUAAGCUUCAAAUGUGCACCACACGAUUAGAACAACUUAAAAUGCAUGACGAGGAACACUUUGAUGGAUUUAUCUCUAGGUCACUUCCCGAGAGGUUUAGAGUGAAGGUCACUGCUAUAGAAGAACGUACGGAUGUCGAUAAGUUGACCUUUGCUAAGCUUGUAGGAAAACUCCAAAUCUUUGAGAUCAACCACCUCUCCGAUUUCAAACCCUCAAAGACUACCUCCAAAUCUAAUACCAAUAUAGGGUUUAAGUCCGCUCGUGAGGAAACCUUUGAAACUUGUGAGGAUGAAGAUGAUAUAAGUGACGAAGAGGUUGCCAUGUUUGCUAAGAAAUUUCAGAAGUUCUUUAAGAAAGGAAACAAUCUAGGUAAGCCUUCUAAGCCAUCAUCUAGCUCGAAGAAAAAUGUCUUUGGAAAUAAUGAUAAGCAAUUGUCUAUUGAAAAAUCUAGAAAGCCACAAGGAAUUCAAUGUCAUGAGUGUCAUGGGUUUGGACACAUUCAAUCCGAGUGCGCUAAUACUCUUAAGAAGAAAAUGAAGAAAGGUCUUAAAGUUACUUGGGAUGAUGAUAUUGAUGAGGAUGGUAGUGAUAGUGGUGGUCAAGAAAAUGGUGAAGGGAAUUCUCGUGUAUCUGUGCUUGUUGCCUCUCUUGAAUCCACGGAGUCAUCUAAACUUCCUACAUUACCUAUUACGUCUAGUGUUAAGUCUUCAACAACUAGUGAGGAGGAAAAAGAAGGUGAUAAGGAUAUAGGCUCAAUUCAUGAAGCGUAUGAUGAGAUGUAUCAUGAGUGUCUCACCCUUAAGAAAAAGAAGAAGGAGUUAGAAAUUGAGCUUAAGAGGAUAGAGAAAGAAAGGGUGUUGCUUAGGAUUGAGUUAGAUGACCUUAAGAAACACAAUGCAAAUCUAGUUGAAAAUUUUGACACCGCGGAGAAGGAAAGAGUAAAAGGUUUAAGAGACGUUGAGAAGGCAAGAUCUAGGAUUUGUGAGUUAGAAAGAGACCUAAGUGAGGCUAUUGAAGCUAUUAAAAGAAAUGAUUGUGGAGCCACUAGGAUUGCAGAGAUGACACGCACUUUUAGAGAUAAGAGUGGUCUAGGUUUCAUAGAUCCACCUUCCCUAAAAAUGGAGUCUAGUGACCCUAAGAAGAAAAUCAUGUUUGUAAGUGCUAAAACCAUAGUGAAUCCCUUCUCCUUUAGCAAUGCUAACUCUAGUGAGAAUGAGACACUUGUGAGUGCUAAGCCCGUAGCAAAUUUACCUUCAACUAGCAUCUCAAAACCUAUAGUGAAUGUGUUACUUGAGAAGAGAGUCCUCACCUGUCAUCAUUGUGGAAAUGAGGGUCACAUUUGA